CUAGGUUCAUUCGAAUCACAGCCUGGGUGAUGCGAUUCAUCAAAGCACUGAAAGAAAAACUGAGAAAACGCCCAGCCAGAUGUACUGAACCAGAGGGGCUAGGUCCAACUGAAGUCGAUGAAGCGGAACAGUUCUGGAUUAAACGAGCUCAGGAAGAGUCAUUUUCUGAAGAAAUGAAGCAGCUGAAGACAAGUGAAGGAUCCGGUGUCAAAAGAUGUCGUCAAAGCUCAGUGAAGAAGCUGUGUCCAUUCAUGGACGAGGACGGCAUACUCAGAGUUGGAGGCAGGCUACAGCGCUCCGACUUGAGCUACAGCGCCAAGCAUCCUGUUCUGCUUCCAAAGGGACACCCAAUCAGCAGACUGAUAAUUCGUCAGCUGCACGAGGACACUGAACAUGGCUUAGGUGUAGAGCACACCUUGGCCAGCUUACGAACGCGCUUCUGGGUGCCUGCUGCGCGGGAGAUGAUCAAGAAAUGCAUUCACCAGUGCGUAAAGUGUCAGAAGCUCCGAAAGUCAGCCGAGACACAAGUGAUGGCGCCCAAGCAAAGCAACCAAGUGAGAACGCGCUUCCGCGCCUUUGACAAGACGGCAGUUGACUUUGCAGGACCAUUCCUGACAAAACAAGGUCGUGGAAAAGUCAGGCAAAAACGGUACCUAUGUAUCUUCACCUGCCUCCAGGUCAGAGCCGUUCAUCUGGAGAUGACGUACGGGCUAGAUACAUCCAGUUUCAUUCGGGCUCUGAUGAGAUUCAUUUCCAGAAAAGGCGAGCCCUCAGAGAUCAUAUCUGACAACGGAAGAAACUUCACACGGGCUUCAAAGGAACUGCAGCAGUCCUUUCACGGAUUGGACAACAGUCAGAUCCAGCGUGAACUUCUGAAGUCACGCACGAAGUGGACGUUCAUUCCUCCUGGUGCUCCACACUUCAAUGGAGCGUGUGAAGCAAUGGUAAAGAUCGCGAAGAGAGCGUUGAUGAAGACUCUCGAGCAUGCUGACCUCUCUGAUGAAGAGCUGCAGACAGCGUUCUGUAAAGUAGAGGCGCUGAUGAACACAAGGCCACUGACGGUGUUAUCCAACGACCCAACUGAUGACCAGCCGCUCACGCCAGCCAACUUCCUCGUGGGUCACACAGCAAUCGAGAUGACAGUAUCAUCAGAUUCCAAUGAGGCGGGGGUGAGGCAGCGCUGGAAACGUAUACAACAGCUGUCAACAGAGUACUGGAGGCGAUGGCUCAGAGAAUAUCUACCGUCGCUACAGCGGAGACAGAAGUGGCUUGAUCCGAAACCUGACAUAGCACCUGGUGACGUGGUGUUGGUGGUCGACCCGUCUUCUCCACGAGGAAAGUGGCCGAUGGGACGCAUAGACCAAGUGAUGAGAGGUGACGAUGGUCACGUCAGAGUGGCGUCUGUGAGGAUGCGAGACAAGAUCGUCACAAGACCAGUCACAAAGAUGGUCCGACUGGAUGUCAGCGGCCUGCUGGUGUAAUUGUUGGAUUGGGAACAAUCCAAAGUGAGGGGAAGAUGUUUGGGAGGAUUUUAUAUCAAUGAGGCUCGAGCGUGAGCUGCUCGAGAAAUGAAAAAAGAUUUUUACUGAAAAAUACAGGAGAACAUGAAGUG